CAAAAAUAUAAUAUAAUCUAUGAUAAAUUAGAAGUCUUAGGUAAAGAUUCAAAGAUUAAAAAACUACAGAUUCAAAAGGAAGAUUAUGAUCAUAAAUGCAAAUUACUAAAUAGACAAUCAACGUUGCUUUGCAGACGAGUAAGAAAUGAUUUUAAGAGAAUGGAGUGCAUGAAAAAAAACAUCUGGAGAGCAAAUAAAGUUUUUGAAGGCGUGGAACAAAAAAAUGAUGAAUUACGAAAUAAGACUGAACAGGCUGAGAAAUUAGAGGAAUCUAUGAAAACGCAAUUAGAAUUUAAUAUCAAAUGCCAAAAACGUCAACAAUUAGAAGCUAACCAAAUGAAAGCUACUAUUGAAGAGUUUGAGAAAAAAAUCCAUAAAAUGCAAGAAGAGUUGAAUAAUACGAAACAAAAAAACAAUGAAUUGACAAACGCAGUCGCACGAUUUCAGACGUCAAGCGAAUUUGAUAAGAAAAUUCAAUCGAAAAAUUUUAACGAAACAAAAAUUGAAAUCGGAAAAUUGGCAGUUGAAAAUAAAAAAUUAACAUUUGAAAACAAAUGUCUUUCGAAGUUGAAGGACGAAAAUAAAUUAUUACAAUCCAGAUUAAUGACUGGAGAACGGAAUUUGUUAUACCUUCAAACGAAAUUUGAUAAAUUGUACAACGAGAAACAACGCCAGAUAAAUGCAUCGAGAAUACCCAAAUUGUAGUUGCAUAGAAGAUAAAUGUCUCUUUUCCAGUGUUGUUCAAGCACAAAAUGUCCACGGUCUUAGAAUAUACAUUACUUAUUGUUAUACUUACAUUUAAU